CUCAAGCCGCUCUGUGGCCCAAGCGGCCCCUCCUCAGGCUGUUCCGACUCGCCGCAGGAGGGGAGGGAGGAGAGGAGGAGGAGGAGGAGGAGGAGGAGGAGGAGGAGGAGGAGGAGGAAUAGGAGCGGGAGAGCAGCCUCGUCUGUUGACGUCCACCUCUGCGAUGCCGUCCGAUCAGGAGCGCGUGGUGCAAGGAUUCCGCGCGCUCGACCCCGAGGGCACUGGCGCCGUGCCCCGCGCGGCGUUCGAGCUCGUCUGGCUGAAGGUGCUCGGGGACAGCACGGACCUUCGGGAAGCCCUGGGUGUCGGAGCGCCCGGCGUGGGCGACAACGCGGUCCGCUACGAGGAGUUUUUCGAGUGGAUCUACAGUGGCGGCCCUGCCGCUGCAGAGCAGGGGGAGACGACGGCAACGAGCACAGCGCCACUGCUGUCCAAGCCCGAGAGCGUCGCCUGCGACGUAUACGUACUCUCAGCGGAGCAGCCGUCGCAGCGGGGUCAGCCGUCGCGCCAGGAGGGAGCCUUCGGACCAGAGAAUCCACAUUCGACCGGCCACAAACAGUACACCAUGGAGCUCGUCUACGCGAGCAGCGGGGACUGGAAGGAGCACUGCAGGCGCAUCGAGGUCGAAUUCUGGCAGCGUUUCAAGCGGCCCUUCUUCUGCACUGCACACCUCCUCGAGCUGGUUCAGGAGGAGACCUGGGUCGCGGACAGUGGCGGAAACAAGAUCGAUGGUUUGUUGUGUGAAUGGACGAACGGCGAGCUCAACGUCUCUCUGGAAGAACAUGACUCUGUUGAUUCUGACACUUUUCCGGCAUCGUAUACCUGGUACUCUGAGGACUCGGAUGUGUGCUGUCUGCCAGACUCGGCGUUCCCGGUGACCCUGCAUAUCUCGUUGCAGGAGAAGCAGCAGGGCGCCGACAUGUUCAGGUACACCGAGGGCGAGGACGUUUUCGACACGCUGGCCGCCAAAGUGGAUGGGCAUCACCCCGUGCGGCUUCUGCGCAUGUCCUGGCUUCUGCAGACGGGCGAGCAGGUGCUGAAGCGGCGCCAGGAGUUGCCCGAGAGGGCCUUCAUCUCCGCCGAGGAGCUCCACGACGUGUGGGAGAAGGGCGGGCGCGGAGGAGCGGACAAGGUCCUGCCCAUUGUCACGAUCUCCUUCUGCUGGGACACGCGUGAGCACCCAGACCCCACCGGCCAGCAGCUCAAACGAAUCGUCGACACGCUAAACGUUGAGAAAGAGAAGUACGUGAGGAGCGGGGGUUUCAGCGAGAUGGGCAUCUUCUGGGAUUGGGCCUCGCUGCUGCAGGGCGACCUGGAGAAGGUCAGGGAGGCGAAGGGUGCCGCGCUCGCGGCUGGCAAGAGCGAGGAGGACGCCGAGACGGCUGGUUGGGAUGCGUUCCGCACACCUGAUGAGAAGGCGGCCUUCGGUCACGCCCUUCGUCAGACCAUGGACCUCUGGUAUGCCCACCAGGGGACAACGGUGUUCCUCCUGACACAGCACCCACGGGAGCGGGGUAGCCAACGCCCGACCGGGUACGAUGAGUCUGGCUGGCCCACGUACGAACGCUGCUCCGCGGAGCAAAUCAAAAACUUCAACCGCAAGGACGCGGAGUGGGAUGCGGUGCUGGACCUCGGCAGCGGAGGCGGCGCCCAGGCAUCUGGCAGGCGCUGGCCAGUUGGCCCCGACGAUUUCGACAGCAUGAUCGAGACCCGGUCUUUCAAAAACGGGUCCGAUCGCGACGCCGUCAAGGGGCUCUUCUGGAAGAUGAGCGUGGCCCAGCUGGGCAGCGUGCGAGAGUUGGACUUCCUUGGGAUGCCGCGCCCAGAGCCCGCCGACAUGGCCCGGCUCGGGCGCUGCCUGCUGCUCUGCGCGAGCUUGCAGCAGCUCGACCUGAGUAGCUUGGGGGGCCGCUGCCUGAGUGACACGGCGAACCCGGGGCUGCCGCCCCCCUGCCUGCGCGAGCUAGCCGCUCCCCUGGCGGCCGCCCCGCGGUCGCCUCUCCCAGCCCUGCGGGAGCUCUGUCUAAACGACAACUGCGCCGGCGACGCAGGGGCCGUGGCGCUGGCUGGCGCGCUCCCCGCCGCCCCCGCGCUGCAGGUACUCAGGCUCGGAAGUAACGCCAUCGGGGACGCCGGCGCCGAGGAGCUGGCGCGCGCGCUCCCCGCCGCCCAGGCGCUGCAGGUGCUCGGGCUCGGAGGGAACGCCAUCGGGGACGCGGGCGCCGUGGCGCUGGCGCGCGCGCUCGCCGCCCUCCCGGCGCUGUGGGAGCUCGACCUCUCCUGGAACGCCAUCGGGGACGCGGGCGCCGAAGAGCUGGCGCGCGCGCUCCCCGCCGCCCCAACGCUGCAGACGCUCGAGCUCCACGGGAACGACAUUGAUGACGAUGGCGGAAUGGCACUAGCGGCCGCUUGGGCUCCGCGGUCGAAAAAUGGUUUUAAACUGGGGAACGAAGGUGGUGAGGCCUUCAUUGACCUUUAAGAACAUUACACAGGGUUUGUCCUUCAUUGACUUUUUCACUGAGUCACGCAGGUGGUCAGGCAGGCUGGAGCUCGAAGAAAGUGUCGAUAAUUCUUGAAUUAGCUCUCCCUCCUCCUCCAUCGGUCCGUCCUCGCACCCCCUCCUGGCUUCUCCCUCCUCGCUCAUGGCGCCGCCCGGGCACGCCGGCGAGUAACCCCAGUUGCCGUCUGCCCUCUCUCUUCCCCCCAGGGUGGACGCGGAACUCUCGGAGACAGCAGAUGCAUGACAAUAAGUGUUGUUGCAUGUAAGUGCAAAUUUGUUGGCUAAGUGCUCCAUGCUUAGCUGCCUGUGAGCGCCAAUAAAUUUUCAAUGCCCCGUCUCGACUGCUUUAAACCAGUCCCUGUUCAUUGACUGAUCUCUUCGUCUGGGUGCCGAGGCUAGGGCUCCCUAGGAGCGUUCUUACAGAAGCGUCCCGCACGUAUCAACGAUGACAUGGAUCUUUUUGCGAAGUCGUGCUGCAUGUCUGCCCACCCUGGGUGUAUAAGGAAAAACAUCGAGUCGCGAAUGUGUGCUCAUUUUUUAGAGGGGCAACCUGAACGACCGCAGCCAACUGCACGGCCACGUGUUCCAUCCCGUUCUUUCGGAGCUA